CAGAGCGAGCUGUUGGUAUCACCGCCAUGACACGCGAGGCAAAGUAGGCCGCGGUUGGUCGAGAACCAGUAUUGGGGCCCCGGAGCUACUGUGGAGCAGGGGACGAUGCCCAAAGCCUGCUCUGCCAUUAACUGUCCCAACCGGGACACCCGGGAGAACCGCGCUAAGGGCCUGUCGUUCCACAGCUUCCCCAAAGCUCACGAACUGAGGAAGAAGUGGAUACUGGCUGUGAAUCGCAUUGAGCCUAGUUCCAGGAAGUUGUGGAUCCCAGGUUCUGGUGCUUGCCUGUGCUCAGAGCACUUCAGCCAGGAGGAGUUUGAGAUCUAUGGAGGGCAGAAGAGGCUGAAGGCUGGUGUGAUCCCCUCAGUCUUCUCCUUUAAGGAACCAACCAAAGGGCAGCAUCCCUCCAAGUCUCUUAAAGCCAUGGGCAUCAGUAGGCCAGCAGCAAGUACCAGGGAAGCAACCUCAACAGCUGAACCUUCUCCAGCACAAGCCAAAACAGUGGAACUUAUCCAAACAGAACAUCAGUACAGUCUGAGUGAACCUAUGGAUGGCACUUUCAUCCUCCCUGACCCAGUGCUGGGGAGUGAACGGGAGCAGGAUGCAGCCCAGCGCCGCCUCUCUUACUACCAGCAGGAGCUGUGGAGUAUGCUGGAGAGAUUGCGGGAACAGCAUCUCCUCCAGGAGGAUACCGAGCGUAUGCUGAAAUCACAGUUUGGUGCAGAUCUGCAGCUCAGUUUGCAGUGUGAGGGAGUCCAGUGUGAGAACUACCCAGCUGACACUCGCAACUUUGCAGUCUCACUGCAUUUGUUCUCAGCCAAGGCCUAUGACUUCAUGAAGAGGACAUUCCAACUGCCGGAGCCCAGCGCUUUGCGCAGAUGGCUUUCAAACCCAGAUUUCAAGCCAGGAUUGAGCCAACAGGCUUUUGAUACAUUGGCAGAAAGAUCUAAGGCAGAUGAUCAGGCCUUCAAGAUGUGUUCGCUCCUUAUUGGCACAAUGCCUCUGGAGAGGAAAAUCCAUUUUGACCCUUCCACAAGAACUCUGCAAGGUUUGGUGGACUUUGGUGCUGGAAAGUAUGAUGCGGAUGAGGUUUUAGGUGCAGCAGAAGCCCUCCUUUUGGUGGCUGUUGGUUUCCAAGGUCAAUGGAUUGUACCCCUUGGCUACUUCCUCCUUCCUACCCUUCGAGGUGAUACACAGGCCCAGCUCCUGCGCCACUGUAUCCUCAAGCUGUAUGACAUCGGUGUGCAGGUUAUCUCUGUGACAUCUGAUGCUACGUGUCCCAAUAUUGACACAGCCAGGCAGCUGGGAGUGCUAGUCGAUGGUGUCACUGUCAAGUCCACAUUUUUCCAUCCAGCCACCCCUACUCUGGAAAUUGCUUACUACUUUGACCCCAGCCAUUUGCUCACCCUGAUUCACAACUUGCUCCAAGCCAGUGGCACUCUCCAGGUGAGUGGCAAGGCUGUCUGCUGGGACUACCUCUUGCAUCUGGGGGGUCUGCAGGAAGCAGAGGUUCUUUGGGCAGCCUGCCAGGCUGGUGGAAUCCACCUACAGGAGCAACGGGUGUGGGGAAAUGGCACUGCACAGUUGUUUAGUGAGGCCACUGUUCAGGCCUUGCAUUUGGCAGCUAGGCUAGGCCUGCCCCAGUUUCAGGGUCAUGAGGCAACCACCCACUUGAUUGGACUGCUGAGUGCUGUUUUUGAUGCAUGCAACAGCUGGAAUGCCAAUGGGAAAGGUUUUAAGGCCCCACUGUCCCUUGCCAGUAUGGAUGCCCUUAACAAUCUCUGCAACGAGUAUGAGAACCUGCUUCGCAAACUGCGCACUGCCACUGGGAAGUUACUCUGGCCGAGUAAGCAUCGAUGGGGCUUUCUUGGCUUUCUGGUGAACCUGCGCAGCUUGCAGUGGGUAGCACAGACCUAUCUACAAGCAGAAGAUAGCCCAGUAGCUUAUUUGCUCCCAUGUUGGUGGAGUCUGGAUCCUCUGGAGUGGUGCAGGGGAGCCAUAAGGCAAGCAUGUGGGCAUAAAGGCGUUUCCAUAGCAUCAGAUUUCCAGCAUGGUUACAGGCUUGUCUUAAACCGAGCUGUUUCUGGCCUGGGCCUUGAUCCACCAAAUCUACUAGACAUAUCUUUAUGUAGACGGACUAGCCUCCAGUUGCAGGCCUCAUGGCCUCUGGGGCAAAGGCAGAUUUGGCAGUUGCAUUGGCACAACUGCCUUCCCCAAGAUAUGAACAGUGCAGUUUUAGACCCAGCCUUUCUGGCUGAGAUAGAAGAAGACACAGUCACCUACAUUUCCUGUGCUGUUUUGGAAAAACUGCUACCACGCUUAUCCUGUGCUGAGUGCCGUGUUGCCCUCUUGUGCCCUUGUCAGGGGGUGUCUACAGGCAGCGCUCUGAUGUUUGUGGAGAGCAAGAGAGGAAAGCAUCUCCCAGCAAAGUCUGUACAGAGAGUGAUCCGUAGCGCAAAGCAGAUUGUUGGCCUCCCUUCCCAGUUUUUCGGGGACUCCAGCCACCAUUGGUGUCUAGCACAGGAGCUGGCCAUCUUGGCAGAUGUGAGUGAGGAACCUGAUCUUUUCUCAUCCCUAGUCAAUCACCUUUUUGAGAGCAACACUCUGGUUUCCAAUCAUUAUGUCACCUUGCUGCAGGAACUUGUGCGAACAUUUUUAGAACUUUGGUUCAAGGGAGCACAAGGAUCACAAUCCACACCCGUGGCUCAGACAAGUAGCUCUGUGAAGAAGACCAGUAAUAAGCAGAGUGCAGGGGAUACAAACUGCUCCAGAAGGCACUGGCCCCAGCAAAUGCUUGGACUCACAGAAUGGUACACAAUUCUCUGAAGAUGGCAGACUGCAAAUUGCUAGUGAUUGCAUAAUUAAGGGAAGAAAAGGGGUACCUCGUAUAGCACAAGCUCACAGAAAACAACGAGGUAGUCUUGAGGCCAGUGUGCAAUCAGCCCUUUGUGUUUGGAAAACGGAGAAAGGAAGAUGCAGGCUGAACUGACAUGAAGACGGAGCCAGCUUUUCAAGUGAAAAUGCUAUGUGGGUGGUGACUCCAAGGUGCAUCAUUUUAUAGAAUGUAUAAACUUAAGGGAUUUUGCCAUCUCAUCAGGGAAAGAAACAGCUUACUGGAUCCAGAGGCAGUCACGAGUUACUAGAAAAGCAUUUGUUUCCCUUGGUGCAGCUUCUCCAAGCUGCAUAUAAGGUGAGUUUUUAUUGCAUGGUCUAGGAAACCUAAAUCAUGUGACCCAGCUUGGAUGUAUGGUUAAUUUAUCACCAGAAGAGAGCUGUGAUUGUUUUGGAGUGGUAGAACAGCCAAAGACUCAGCUUCAGAGUCAAACUUUGCCUGAAGCAAUUGACCGGGUUUCAAAUGGUCCUGGAUGAACUACAGCACAUUUUGCAAAAUGACCUUUGAAUAAUUUGUCUGUUUCCAAAUGCAAUUUUUUAUUGAUUCCCUUCUGUCACAUUCUGUUGGGAGAGCUACUGGAAAUGAGUGGGACUCAAAUGAACUGGAAGAAAAAGUGAUUAUUGGUGGUGCUAUACAAGCAGAUGAGUAAGUUCCCCUUGUGUUAAAAAUUGUGCUCUGUCCUUAUAGAACAGCUGAAGGGCAAGAAGCCUAAAUUUGCUGAAGCACAUCAAUUACUCCACUGCCAUCAUAGCAGAUGCCACAGAAAUGCUGGUAUUUAUUCCAACAUUCCCAAGAUCUGGGAAAGUAAAACAAACAACAUUUUACUGGAAAGGAAGUCAAUCAGCUCCAGAGCCGUAUGUGUUAGAAAACUGAAUCACUGUAUGAGAUCUGUGCUUCCUUUCUGCUAUCAUCAUCAUGAUAUUUUAAUAAACAGUGGCACAUAUGUUUUUCAAAUAAAAUAUAAAUCCACCCAAAA